AUGGAGGCGGCUGCCAGGCUCCGCGCGGCGGAGCGCAGCGGGGACUGGCCGCUGGCGCUGGCCCUGGUGGACCUGCACCCGGAGAAGGUGGCGUACCACCGGGCCAUCAGCGCCUGCGGCCGCGGGCGGCGAUGGCAGCUCUCGCUGCAGAUGCUGCGCGCCAUGCCGAGGCGCCAGCUGCGGCCCGACGUGAUUAGCUACAACCGUGUCAUCAGUGCCUGUGAAAGGACUGGAGAAGAUGGACUGGAGAAGAUGGAAAACAACCGCUUGGUGCUAGAUAGCACGCAGUACUUCCAUGUACCUGUGUAG